AUAAGACCAAACCGAGACGUUGCGGCACCGAGAAGAACCUCCCAAUCACUCCUCAAAUGGUGGAGUGGCUGGAAGCUACAUUAAACUCAUUGCAAUUGGCCUUUGACGCUGUCAGCCGCCAGGCUCAGCUAAACAUCCAUAACGAAGACGUAGAUGUUGUCGGUAGCCUAGCGAUACUGCCGAGAAGUGUUCAACGAACCACCUCCGAGCUCUUUUCGGGAUUUAGAAGUGGAUGAAUUGUUGAACAAACACUAAUGUCGCCGCUGAGCCGAUCAAACCGGAAUCUCGAGAGUGGGUCCAUCUUGUUGUUAUUCCGGACCAUAUGCUGAGAAAACAACCGAGGAGAGAAGGAAAAAGAGGAAGAGGAGCCAGAGGAAGCAGCCUGUUCAGAGCUGCGGUUCCGAAAUAGGGAUACUAGCAUCAAAGCUGGGCUUGAACAUCCUCCUCCUGGUGUCGAAAAUAACACCAGACUGCUUCGACAUCGUAUUAUCUUAAAAAAAUAUACAACUAGCUGUGGUUCAGGAUGAAUCACCUAUCCUUCAGUGAGCUAUGUUGCCUGUUCUGCUGUCCACCGUGCCCCAGCAAGAUUGCCGCCAAGCUGGCCUUUCUGCCGCCAGAACCCACUUACAGCCUUAUGUGUGAUGAGAGUGGCAGCAGAUGGACUCUGCACCUCUCCGAACGGGCCGACUGGCAGUAUUCAGCCCGUGAAAAGGAUGCCGUAGAGUGUUUCAUGACCCGUACAUCCAGAGGGAACCGCAUUGCCUGCAUGUUUGUGCGCUGCUCACCCAAUGCCCGCUACACACUUUUAUUCUCUCACGGGAACGCAGUGGACUUGGGCCAGAUGAGCAGCUUCUACAUCGGCCUGGGUUCACGCAUCAACUGCAACGUGUUCUCCUACGACUACUCAGGUUAUGGCGCCAGUUCUGGGAAACCCUCGGAGAAGAACCUGUACGCCGACGUGGAUGCUGCCUGGCAUGCGCUCCGGUCACGGUAUGGCAUCCGCCCAGAGAGCGUGAUCGUGUACGGUCAGAGCAUUGGCACUGUGCCCUCUGUGGACCUAGCAUCUCGCUACGAGAGUGCCGCAGUCGUCCUCCACUCCCCGCUCACCUCCGGCAUGAGAGUGGCUUUCCCCGACACCAAGAAGACCUACUGCUUUGAUGCCUUUCCAAACAUUGACAAGAUUUCAAAGGUCACGUCACCAGUCCUGGUGAUCCACGGUACCGAGGACGAGGUCAUCGACUUCUCCCACGGACUGGCCCUCUACGAACGGUGUCAGCGUCCUGUCGAGCCGCUGUGGGUGGAGGGCGCUGGACACAACGACGUGGAGCUCUACGGACAAUACCUGGAGAGGCUCAAGCAGUUUGUGGCACACGAGCUGAACAACUUGUAGAGGUGCUAAAAAUAAAUCCAUAACAGGGUGGACAGGGAAGAGGAGAAGGGAGAAACACUGUGGUUUUUAGGAUAGGUGGAUUUAUUAUUUUCAAUUAGUGAUUAAAGCAUUAUUAGUGCCCAUUUGCAUUUAACUGUUUUGUGGUGACUGACUUCUUAUUCUCAAACUCCUCAUCUCCUGGCUCAAGGCCUCCACUCCAACCCUGCAGCCUACACACCUCCAACGUUCCGUUUUGCUUUCUGGAUCUUUCUUAAUUGAUGUUAACCAUUGCAUGGAUGAAAAAGCCGAAAGUGCUGACGGACACGGACGACUUAUAACACAUUCAUGCAAUAAUAACAGUGUACUAAACAUGUUCAUGUUUAUUCUUCCUGCCUUUUGAGGAUCCAUACUUGUUAAUGUCUACUCAGCUCUUGGAAAAUGGCCUUUUUACAGAGAAGUUGCUGGAACUUUCUCUGACUCUUGAGGUCAGCUGUGGCCCCACACAUCGAGCUCAUAAUAUAGAUAUUUUAUUUCCCUUUGCUUUAAGGACUGUUUCUACUUUUUUUGUAUGUUACAUAAUAUUUGCACAUAUCGUUUGUCGCUGACGAGCUGAACAAGACAAACUCAGAUCUUACCCAGCUGUGCCAGUUUUGCCAAAUGAUAUCUCAGACUUUUGUUAAUUCUGUCAAAUCAACACUCAUCAUUUUAAAAAAAAUGAUCCAGUUUGAUGUAAACUCUUUGUUGGUUGGCUGAAAUUUUGAGGAUUGUCAGUAAGGUGUUGGACAUUUCCAGCUCUGUCACGUGAACUGUGUAAUGUGUUGCUUUUAGAUGGUAUCACACAGCUGUUGAUGAGAAAAGGAUGGGCACCUUUCCUGGGAGGGGAAAAAAGAAUAAUCCACCCGGUAGUGGUUAUGAAGCCCAGGUUGGACAGACGUUCCUGCCUGCGGGUCGUAAAUAUAACAAGUGAACUAAUAUGUGUGAUGGUAAUUAUCCUUAUGGAACUGGAGCAGAUCUUUUUAAUUGUAACUUUUUAAAAUAUAUAUGAUGAAACGUAGCUACUGCGAGAGCUGCUGUCAACACUCUGAUCACAACCUAAACCACUGACGCCAAUCAGGACGAGCAGUAAACCGCACGAUCACUGCUGCUCCUGAGUUGUUGUUAUAGUGUGGGAGUUUUCAUUUUUUAUCUUUUACUCCAUUAUGCUUGAACUGAAGAAUGAAUUGACGCCACACUUUGUUUUCGACUCACUGCGUUUCUACUGGGACAUUGAGCUUUGCCAAAGUGACUGGCUCAGCGUUAAAGACCUCCAUCAUGAACAGAUCAUUUCAUGUUUGUCUUAAGUGUCUUUCUUCUGUGCGAUGAUUCUGAAGCCAUUGUUGCACAUUACUUUGCCCUUUAAUGCUGAGAUAGGAAAUGUAAAGCUCCAGCCCCUGAAAGACAAAUGUCAAAGUGCUGCUGCAUGCCAUGUACUGCGUUUAUUUUUAUUUUUGCUUUUGGUUUAUUUUGCAGUCAUUAAUGUCUACAGAUGUCAAUAUUUUCCAGCUGUGUCAAACGUGAGUCUACUUCUACUAAAGGAGACCAUUUGGAGCCAAUCGGUGCUACUGUAAACCUUCAGGUUUGGAUACUCACCUGCUCAGAAGCAGAGAACGUGAUGUUUGUCAGGUUGACCAAGUGACCAAUCAGGAUCAAUAAAUAUUUAAUGCAUGAUCUGUUAACAUUUUUAUUCUACUGACAUUCUUAUUUGAGUUAUAAACUUGAUUUUUUAUUGUAGCAUGUUCUGCAACAAUUUGUUUGUAUUAUUUUUCCUUCUUGGGGUUAGAUGACCUUUUUUAACCAACCUCCUCCACAGGUCUUUCCUGAUUAAAGUUGUGAAGCAUACUCCAAAAAAAGACUUACAUUAUAGUUAUUCAACCAUGGAAACAGUAAAAUAAAAAUGUAUUUUAAAAAAA